AAAAAGGGUCAUCUGGGAAAGUGUCAGAAAAACCCACGUGGUCUCUUAUCUGAAUCCCUUUAUCAAUUAGUACUCAUCUCUGUCAACAUACAUAGUCCAAAUAGCUUAAAGAAUCCUGACCCAAAAACAUUGACCACAGUCUUCCACACGAUCCACACAUUGACAGACCAUGCAGACUCUGACAGUAUUCUCCGGCCUCUUGGCCCUCACCAGUCUUUCCAUGUCCCUCCCUACCGAUACAGAAGCUCCUCCAAUGAACUUGGUUUGUCAAGUUUGUACUUGGGGAGACGAUGUCGAAAACUUGGACGGCGGAAGCGUUCAGCCCAAUCGUUGCCAGAGUUUGCAAGAUAUUGGUGAAGCCCAAGAAUGUCCCAAUGAGGAUGAUAUAUGCUUCACCCACAUUGCAGCCAUUUACUCCGGAAGCUACGAGGCUUUCCGUGGUUGCGUGAGUAAGGCCGAAGCUUCCGCAGAGCCCGGAAAAUGUGCAUUGGAUGAUACCGAUGAGAACAUUGAGAUCAACGUGUGUUAUUGCGACGAAGAGUUGUGCAAUAAUCCUGCACCCUCCUCAAUGAGUCAAGCUUUAUCUUUGCUGACUGUGUCAGCCAUCGCCCUUCUCGCUAAGUUCGCUUAAAAAAGCCAACGUGGACUUUACUUUUGUACAUAUUUGUCAGCCGGUUUUUGUAAAACAACUAUGAUAUUCUUGGUCUUGUUUUUAAGACCACUUUUAGUUUUAUAAGUGAAAUACACAACCGUUAAUUUGAAAUUAAAAA